AUGCUAGGAUUCGAUAGCAAAACACAAGUGGUUCACUUCGAUCACCGUCAUGAUCACCCAGGCUACAUCCUCAUUCGCACCAUCGACAAGGGCUUUCAAUCCCAAACAACAUUGGUCCGCUCGCUCCAGGACGGCAACGUGUACAUCCGAAAACAUCUCAACGCGAACGAGAAUAGUGGCGCAGAGCUCUUGGUUCGGAAUCUUCCCACAGAUGUUGCGCCACGACUGAUAGAUUACACCAAUACGCUUGACCGGAAUCAAAAUGAUGAUGUUUUCAUUUAUGAAUAUUGUAAUGGUGGCGACCUUGCAGAUCUUCAUACGAAAUAUCUUAAUCACCACACAAAAAUACGAUUCCUCCCAGGUGCUUUGCUCUGGGACAUCGCUAGACAGUGCGCUGAGAAGAUCGCAUACAUCCAUUCUGGCUGGCAGUAUGGCCAAGGGGUUCAAGUUGGCUGGGAACCUUUCAUCCAUGGUGAUAUUUCUCCAUCAAACACUUUUUUGGAUUGGAAUUCAGAUAGCUCUCCAUAUCCACAGGUUUUGUUGGGAGACUGGAGAAUUGCUCGCACUUUCAAAGAACCCAAAGGAAGGGAUAUGGCAAGCUGGAGAGAAUAUCAAUCAAUUGAUCUUCAAUGUUUCUUGGAGUUGUUGGUAUCCAUUGACAACGAAGCUCAAAUUCGAACUCCAGAUGUUCAGAACCCGACUCCAUCCCAACUUUUCGAAGACAUUGGAGCGGAGGGGGAAAAAUGGGAAUUGAGACCAGAGAACAAGGGAAGUUCUAUCGCAGCAUAUAUUGCGGACAAAUUUAUUGAAAAGGCGCGAACAAGAAUUAGAGAUUUUGAAAGCCAAGAGGCAUCCGGAGAUUUGAGGUGGACAAUGCCGAAUGCGGUCAUAGGCUUUGCGACAUUUGACAAGAAUGGCCCGCCACCAACGAUCAAACAGCCGUGGGAAUGGAGAAAUUUGGAUCAACUACCAAUAGGAUUUGGAGCCUGA